AACUAACUAACCAGUUAGUUAACUAACUAACUAGUAUGGAAAAUAUUCUUCGAGCGAAACCUCCGUAUUGAUCCGCCAAAUCCCCAAUCAAUCCGAGUUCCCGGACCCACUUUCUUUUUUUAAUCAUUCAUUGGAACAAAUUGUGAUCGUGAUAGCUUCACAUUCAAACACCACAUUCCGACAGUGUUCUCAUGUUUCCGAAGCGAUCGAUUGGGUCGUGGGUUCAACAUUGACGUCUAAAUAUAACAAGCAAAUAAAGAAGAGGAGGAAAUACCAUCCUCACUCAAUCCUCACUCAAGCCUUCAACCGCUCGAGUCCGACGACUUGCGACUCUCGACUCACUCUAUCGACGAAACAAAGUACCGAAACCGGCUCACUUUUCUCGUCCUCCCUCUACACCCACCCCAUCAGAGUCGACAGCAGUCGACACCCCCCCCUCCCCUCCCCCCUCUCAAAAUGGGCAUCUCCAACUGCGUAAACUUCUGCUCGCACCUAACGAACGCCUCGCGCGCGCGCCUCGGCAUGACCUCCUUCCCGCACACCAAGUACAACGUGCAAGUCGCGCUGGCCCUGCAGCGGACCGGCUUCCUCUCCUUCGUCACGCGGGGCGGCACGCACCCGCCCAACCCCGAGACCAUCGCCACCUACGAGCCCCCCCCCCUGACCACCGCCAACGUGGCCAAGCAGCGCCUGUGGGUCGGCCUCAAGUACAGCGUCAACAACGGCGGCGAGCCCGUCCUCACCAAGCUGACGCCCCUGAGCACCUCGAAGCGCCCCGUCACCGCGAAGCUGCCCGUGCUCGAGAAGCUCGCCCGCGGCUUCGAUGCCCAGAGGCACCGCGGCCUGACCUUUGGCGAGUGCCUGAUCGUCAACACGAGCGAGGGCACCCUGGAGGUCCGCGAGGCGAUCCAGAAGAGAUUGGGAGGGUUGCUGCUGUGCCGGGUCAGCUAGAUCAGAUCAAAAACUUUUUUUUUCGGUUCUGGUCUGAUUGAUUCGCAUUGAUCCAAUUUGUUAACGAAAAAAAAUCGACAAAAAAAAGAAGAAAAAAAAAGAGGAGCAUUUGGAGGGGAAGGAAGGGAAGGCUGGCAUGGCAAUCUCCAUACAUACAAGUCCAGUCCCUCUUGGCGAAGAGGAGGAUGGACAUAUAUGGAUGGGUGAGGGAUACGACUACGACACCAAGACGACCUAAUCACGAAGAGAAAGAGAAGUACAUCUCAAAUGUCUCCCAAGGUGAUCACUCCUGCAGACUCUUCUGAAGAGCCUUGUUAUGGGAAGGAAAGCGCAUGCAUGAGAAUGAUUGGCAAAAGGGGGAUAACAUGGAUAAAGGUACCUAGACAGAGGAGAGUUCAUGUGUAAUAUAUGUAUUUCCCCAGGGGUUACAUCAAUCCUAUAUCUAGGUAUACUCCAAUAUACUGUACCAAACCUACCUAAACGUGCUCGACUUCCACGUAGUCACGUAUAACCUUUGACGAGGUUAAAAUAAAAGAGUAUCUUAGAUAUCAUGGGCACAAUAGACAGGAUCAUAG